AUGGCGACAGGAGUGGGGGAGGCCAGGGGGGAGACGGUGCUGGUCACCGGCGCCAGCGGCUUCAUCGGCUCCUGGACCGUGCGCCUCCUCCUCGCCCGCGGCUACGACGUCCACGCCGCCGUCCUCAACCCCGAUGACAAGGCCGAGACGGAGCACCUCCUGGCGCUCGCCGGGGGCGACGAGGCCCGCGUCCGCUUCUUCCCGUGCGACCUCCUCGACGGCGCCGCCAUGCUCGCCGCCGCGCGCGGCUGCUCCGGCGUCUUCCACCUCGCCUCGCCCUGCACCGUCGACCGCGUCCUCGACCCGCAGAAGGAGCUGGUGGUGCCGGCCGUGGAGGGGACGCUCAACGUGCUACGCGCCGCCAAGGAGGCCGGGGGCGUGCGCCGGGUGGUGGUGACCUCGUCCGUCUCCGCCGUUGUGCCCAGCCCCGGGUGGCCCGCCGGGGAGGUCCUCGACGAGCGCUGCUGGACCGACAUCGACUACUGCGAGAAGAACGGGGUCUGGUACCCUGCUUCAAAGACACUGGCUGAGAAGGCAGCAUGGAAGUUUGCAGAGGAGAAUGGACUGGAUGUAGUUGUUGUCAAUCCAGGGACUGUUUUGGGCCCGAUGAUUCCGCCAAGGAUCAAUGCUAGCAUGGCCAUGUUUCUUCGCUUACUUGAAGGCUGCACUGAGGAGUAUAAGGAUUUCUUCAUUGGGCCAGUCCACGUGGAAGACGUCGCAUUAGCCCAUAUCACGCUGUUCGAGAACCCGUCGGCGUCCGGGAGGCACCUCUGCGUGGAGCCCAUCUGUCACUGGAGCGAUUUCGCGUCGAAAGUCGCCGAGCUCUACCCUGACUACAAGGUCCCAAAUCCCCGAGGACACGCAGCCGGGGCUGGUGAGAGCGGAAGCGGUGCCGAAGAAGCUGAAGGCGCUGGGCCUGCAGUUCACUCCGUUGGAGAAGAUCAUAAGGGACGCCGUGGAGAGCCUCCGGAGCAGAGGAUGCAUCGCCUGAUGGUGAUGGCUGGAUUAUUAUUAGGUGCACUGUAUUCCUUCCUUCCCCUCUGUUGCUGGCUCAUGAUCAAACCUUGCUUCUGA